CCACCUCUCUCUCAACCCAAAGUUAUGGUGGCGCUGUCGUUAUUGGUUGAAUCGAAAGGUAGCAGUAGAUGACGAGAAAAGCCGAAGGUAGAGAAGCAUCCCAGACGCAAACAAACUCGGACAAUGGUUAGGAACAUGACACGCAAGUACUAAAAAGUAGAAGGAGAGGAGAACGCCGCUCCCUCUUCACCUUUUUUUUUUUUAAUUCUUUUUGGAGUUUACGGCCUCUUCUGUUGUCGUUUACUGGUUACUUCCUCUUUUAGAUGUCGCAUCCGCAAAACGCACAUAUAUAUAUUACUUUGUGCUUUCUUUGUUCCUAUCUUUCUUUCGCCGCAUGUUGCUCGAUUUCAAUGUCCAACACCACUGGUUAACUUUUUCUUUCUUCAACCGUUCCUUCGCCCAUGUCGCUCAAGAGGCGCCCCGACGAUGGCAAGACUCCAGACGACAAGCGUCGAAAGCCUCCUCCGUUCUCCAGUGUGGUGCUUGAGGUGAUGAAGUUACAAUCUGUCAGUCAUUUGCUGGAGCCAAUUCUAGAGCCCUUGGUUCGUCGAGUGGCUGCAGAUAACUUUUGUUGCAUCCACUUUAUGGUGCCUAUUGUUUUGGCCUAAUUCCAGGUACCGUUCCGCCUUGUGGACAACUGCAGACGGCUUACUAACUAAUUAUCCAUAUAAAUCAUCUGCCUGUCUGUUCUUCCUCAUGCAGUCACAUAUACUACUUCUGUGAUUGGUCAUGUCACAGAAGAUCCACUAACAAAGGAUAUACUUAAAAACCUACUUCAUUACUUGUUUCAAAACCUUUCAUUGGGCUUCAAUUAAUGUAUUGAAACAAUUUUGGAAAUAUUUAUUUUGAUAAAAGUUUGCAACUCUCCCAGUCUCAUAAACCUUGCCACUUUUAUAUAAACAAAAUGCAAAACAAGGAAAGACAAAGGUAAAGAAAACACUUAAAGAACAUUCUUGGUUGAACAUGAACUCACACAUUUAUCUCCUAAGUCACCAACCUUGCUUUUUGGGCUUUAACUGGGGCUGUUGGUGCCUGAAUCUGUUCCUGCAGAGUAGUUACAGUUACAGAAGAUGAAAAUUAUGCUUACAUUAACUAUGUCCUGUACAUGGAAUGCAUAUAUGCUCAGUUACAUGAAUCAAAUGCAAGUGGUUUUAGGUUAUGCAUUUCAUAAUUUAUUCUUGCUUGUUAUUUUUGUGAUUUGUGAAAUAAAUGAACCAACAAGAUGAAGUUUCCAUUUGUGAUUCAUAUUGUGCUGCGAGUGUUAAGUCCAGUAAUGCUGUAAUAUAUAUUUUCCUGUCUAGGGUAAAUAAAUAAUUGGAUGUGUGAUACUUGAAGUAAAAUCCUAUGUUUUUUUUUCUGGGUAGCAUGUUUGAGUUUUGGUCCUGUAAACGUUAGUUCCACUUUUACUGAUAUUUGAUAUCGGUACCAAUCAUAUAUGUGACCUCAUUACAGGUUAAGGAGGAAGUUGAAUCGGCCCUAAAGAGGCAUUUGACCAGCAUGAAACAGACCUGUGGAAAGGAGUUCCGCACUACUGAAUUAAGAAGUUUGCAGCUGCAGUUUGAAAACAGCAUUUCACUUCCUGUCUUUACAGGAGCUCGAAUUGAAGGAGAGGAUGGCUCCAACUUAAGGAUAAGUUUAGUUGAUGCCCUAACAGGGAAAGUUGUUAGUACAGGACCUGAAUCUUCAGCUAAGGUGGAAAUUGUGGUCCUUGAGGGUGAUUUUGAAGAAGAAAGUGACAUUUGGAUGCCUGAAGAGUUCAAGAGCAAUAUUGUGAGAGAGAGGGAAGGAAAAAAGCCCCUUCUUACAGGAGAUGUAAUUUUAUAUCUUAAAGAUGGGAUCGGUAUGGUGGGUGAAAUUUCAUAUACAGAUAAUUCAAGCUGGACAAGGAGCCGAAGGUUCAGGCUUGGGGCAAGAGUUGUGGACAACUUUGAUGGUGUUAGAAUAAGGGAAGCAAAGACGGAGUCAUUUAUUGUCAGGGAUCACAGAGGAGAACUAUACAAGAAGCACCAUCCUCCUAGUCUGUCUGAUGAAGUUUGGAGAUUGGAAAAAAUAGGCAAGGAUGGAGCUUUCCACAAGCGUUUGAGUCGUGAAAAGAUCCAUACUGUUAAAGAUUUUCUCACACUUCUCAACCUGGAUCCAGCAAAGCUGCGCAGUAUACUGGGCACUGGAAUGUCUGCAAAGAUGUGGGAAGUAACUGUGGAGCAUGCUCGAACUUGUGUACUUGAUUCGACAAGGUAUCUUUACUUUCCUUCUCAUUCUCAACAACCUGGUGUGGUCUUCAAUGCUGUUGGACAAGUGACAGGACUGCUUUCGGAAUGCGAGUAUGCCCCAGUAGAUAAGCUGUCUGAAACUGAAAAGGCUGAUGCUCAAAACUCGGUUAUUACUGCAAUAAGACAAGGGGAGAAGUAUGCCACUUUUGAAGAUGAAACCUCACUCAUGGAUGGGUCUUCAAACUUAACUAAUGUUCUCUACUCCCCAAGCUCUCCCAAGACUGAGGGAUCAAGUGCCAACAAGCUUUUGGUUCCCCACAAGACUGAAGGAUUCAAUUACACACAAGCAAGUGCAUCUUCUCCAGAUAUCAUGUCAUCCAUUUAUUCUGUUGGUGGAAGUAGUAGCUUGGAUGAAUAUUGCUUGCCUCAUUUUGACAGCAUGGGGCUUAGAUAUGAUCCUCUUAGUUUCCCAGUCCAAGUCUCCAACUCUUUGAUCUGUGACACAGAUUCAAUGGCCCAUGCUUUUAGUGAUGAAGAUCAUCUGCAAUUUUUUGAUACUGAUCUUCAAUCUCAGUGCCACAUUCAAGCAGAUUUACAGAGUGCUGUCGAUAGCUUCAUGCUGGCACGAUCUACAUCCACGGUCAAUUGUGCACAAAGGAGAUGGAGAAAGGUAUUCAAUGUCCUAAAAUGGUUCAUGGUUAGGAAACGAGGAAACCAAAGAUACAGGUAAGGUUGUGAAGAACAUGAAGGUUCAGUUACUAUUGUACAUUGUGCUCAUGAAUCCAGCCCAAAAAAAUAUUCUGUUCCAUUUGUAGAGAAAAGUCACCGCUUCUGGUAGAUGUAAAUGCAUCUUCAAUGCAUUCGGUCUUAUACUUGCUAGAUGUCAUAGAAUUGCUCUUCCCUUUUGUCAUUAAGUUGUAAAUACUUGUAUUUUACGGUCAGGAGAGGAUUUCUGGUUGUUGACAGAUGCUUAGUAAUCUCAAGAUCCAUUGAUCGUAAUUCGGGAUCAUAUUUUUGUAAGCAUGCUUUGUUCAAUAAAAUCAGUUUUUCCCCGGU